CCUCCCCUAUCCUCUCCUCCACUUUCUCAUCACUUCCCUUCCAUCUUUGUGCCAAUUAUUCCUUACUUCCUAACCCAUUAAAGUCCUUUCCAACUUAAGCUCUCAACACAUAACAUUACAUUACCAUACAACACAGUACCAUACCAAAAAAAAAAAAUGUGCAGCUCUAAGGCCAAAGUGACUAUGGGCAUUGAUGUCAUCCCAACCCCCACAGUGGCUCGUAUCAAUGGUAGACCUGUCCUUCAGCCUACUUGUAAUCGUGUUCCCAGCCUCGAUAGGCGUAACUCACUAAAGAAAAUAUCUCCACCACCAUCAACACCUCCUACCUCUGCUACUAGUCCUAGAACCAAAACUUCAUUGACACCACCCAUCUCUCCAAAGUUCUCAAAAUCACCACGACCACCUGCAAUAAAGCGAGGAAAUGACACUAAUGGCUUGAGUUUGAGUGCAGAGAAGAUUUUCAUUCCAAGAAGUACCACAAAGACUCCAACUUUAGAGAGAAAGAAGUCUAAAAGUUUCAAGGGUACUUGUGGUGAUCAUCAUGGAGCUGCUGUUAUGAAUAGUACUUCUUGUGGGGUUUCUCCUUCUUUUGAAGCAACCUUGAGUUACUCUUCAUCUUUGAUCACCGAGGCACCAGGAAGCAUAGCUGCAGUCAGGAGGGAACACAUGGCACAGCAACAGGCCCAAAGAAAGAUGAGAAUUGCCCAUUAUGGAAGAUCAAAGUCUGCCAAUUUUGACAAGGUUGUUCCCUUUGACUCUUCAACAAAGACUACUGAGGAAGAGAAGAGAUGCAGCUUUAUCACACUCAAUUCAGAUCCUGUCUAUGUUGCUUACCAUGAUGAAGAAUGGGGAGUUCCUGUCCAUGAUGACAAGAUGUUGUUUGAAUUGCUAGUCCUAAGUGGUGCUCAGGUUGGUUCAGACUGGACCACAAUCUUGAAGAAACGCCAAGAUUUCAGGAGUGCAUUUUCAGGAUUUGAUGCAGAAACUGUUGCCAACUUCACUGAUAAACAAAUGACUUCAAUUGGUUUAGGGUAUGGCAUUGAUAUAAGCCGAGUUAGGGGUGUUGUGGACAACUCAAGCCGAAUUCUGGAGAUUCAGAGGGAGUUUGGAUCAUUUGACAAAUAUAUAUGGGGAUUUGUCAAUCACAAGCCAAUCUCCACCCAAUACAAAAUGGGGCACAAGAUACCAGUAAAGACAUCAAAAUCAGAGAGCAUUAGCAAAGACAUGGUGAGGAGGGGUUUCAGGUUCGUUGGUCCAACAGUGGUUCAUUCCUUCAUGCAAGCUGCAGGACUCACCAAUGACCACUUGAUCACUUGUCAUAGGCAUCUCCAAUGUGCUUUAAUGGCUGCAGCCCGUCGUCCAACAACAGAAGAACCAGCUCUAUAGACUCGAAAAUGACAUCAAAGAAUAAUGAAAGAAAGAAGAAAAGAAAAGGAAAAAAUAACCCAAAAGUGCUCAAAGUAUAUGUAUGCAAAGUGCAUAAUAGUUUGCUAACUACAAUUUACUGUUAAUUAAUGGUUUGUGUACAAUAUUAUAUAGAUAGAAGGAGGUUGUGACUUUGUGUGACUGUGAAAUUUUUAAUGACAGCAGUGUGUGUGUGUUUUGAAGUAGAUAGAGUUAAGUUAGGAUUGAUUAUUAGGGAGAAGAAAAAGUAGGAUGGUGUUGUGCAAUGGUAGGAGGCCAAGGAAAGACAGUGAGCAUGUGCAUGUCCAUGUGCAACUGGGAGGCAGUGGCAUGUGUAGGUGUCAGAUUGCUUUUUUAUUUCCAUGUGACCCAUCACAACACUUUUGCAUUAUUUGUUUUCCUUUAACAGCCUGGUGUGGGAUACUUGUAGUUGUAGAGGGAAAAAAAAAGUAGGACCACCCUUCCCUCCUCAUCUUUCUUUCUUUCUUUCUUUGCUUUGUUUAUUGAGAGGUGUACUCUACAUUUUCUAACCUUUUGGCUUUGGGGGGAAUAUUUAUACCCUAAUGUAAUCUUGGAUUUGGUGUGGCUUUCUGAGUGCUAUUUGAUACAUAAUUUGUCAUGUGCUUCUGUAUUGUUUGCUUACUGAUAUUAAUAUACCUUUCAGAGUGUUAACCAGAA